CGGUCAAAAACCACCAGUUUGCGAGCGUCAUCGCUUCCCUUUGCUGCUUGCGCCGGUGGGAUUCGCUAGAGGAGCCACUCAGAGGAUCGAACCGCUACUAGUAUUACUACUGCUACUACUAACUAAGUGCCAUUGGAAGUUUGUGUAAUAACGAGAUCGUUAAACGUGUAUGCUAACGAAAAACCCUCCCCGAUCAGAGCAACAGAGAAGGAGAACAUCAUCAGCUACUGUGUGUGGUGUGUGUUGUUUAUUUGGUUGGGUUACUUGUUGAAAGUGUAUGUGAAAUGCGGGUGGGAGAAACAUACUGAGCGACCACACUAAGUACAACGCCACCCGUUUGCCAAAGAAGCGCCUUCAUCUCUCAUUCCUUCAAUCAGCCAAACGUCGUCCAGCAAACAAGCAGCAAGCACCCAUCGAUCAGUAUUUCCCCGUUCAGGUUGACUAUUACUAUCGUGUUUUAGUAAUCACCAGUGUGUGUGUGUGCGCUAGUGCCGUGUGAAUAGUGUGACGACGCUUCGUCUUUGUUGCAGCAGUUCUAGUGGAAAAAGUGUUUCCCCAUUUUCUCAGCGACGAAAAUGGUUGCCAGCGGUAAAAUGAUGAACGUGCGCGUCACGACGAUGGACGCGGAGCUGGAGUUCGCGAUCCAGCAAGGCACCACAGGCAAGCAGCUGUUCGACCAGGUCGUGAAGACGAUCGGCCUACGAGAGGUCUGGUUCUUUGGACUACAGUACACAGACUCGAAGGGCGAUAACACGUGGAUUAAGCUGUACAAAAAGGUGAUGAGCCAGGAUGUGCAGAAAGGCGACCCGUUGCUGUUUAAAUUUCGUGCCAAAUUCUAUCCGGAGGACGUGGCCGAGGAACUGAUCCAAGACAUCACGCUGCGCCUGUUCUACCUGCAGGUGAAGAAUGCGAUCCUGUCCGACGAGAUCUACUGCCCGCCGGAAACGUCCGUGCUGCUCGCCUCGUACGCCGUCCAGGCACGCCACGGCGACUACAACAAGGGAACCCACGUACCCGGCUUCCUGGCCAAGGAUCGUUUGCUCCCGCAAAGGGUCAUCGACCAGCACAAAAUGUCCAAGGACGAGUGGGAAAACUCGAUCACGACCUGGUGGCAGGAGCACCGUGGGCUGUUGCGCGAGGACGCGAUGAUGGAGUAUCUGAAGAUUGCGCAGGACCUGGAAAUGUACGGCGUCAACUAUUUCGAGAUCCGCAACAAGAAGGGUACGGAGCUGUGGCUCGGCGUGGACGCGCUCGGGCUGAACAUCUACGAGAAAGAGGAUCGCCUGACGCCGAAGAUUGGCUUCCCGUGGUCGGAGAUUCGCAACAUUUCGUUUAACGAUCGCAAAUUCAUCAUCAAGCCGAUCGAUAAGAAGGCACCGGAUUUCGUGUUUUUCGCACCGCGCGUCCGAAUCAACAAGCGCAUCCUGGCGCUGUGCAUGGGCAACCACGAGCUGUACAUGCGCCGCCGCAAACCGGACACGAUCGAUGUUCAGCAGAUGAAGGCGCAGGCCCGGGACGAAAAGAACGCCAAGCAGCAGGAGCGCGAAAAGCUGCAGCUGGCGCUGGCGGCCCGCGAACGGGCCGAGAAGAAGCAGCAGGAGUACGAGGACCGGCUGCGCUCGAUGCAGGAGGAGAUGGAGCGCAAGCAGGCGAACCUGAGCGAGGCGCAGGACACGAUCCGCCGGCUGCAGGAGCAGCUCAACCAGGUGCAGGCGGCCAAGGAGGAGCUCGAGCAGCGCCAGAACGAGCUGCACGAGAUGAUGCAGCGCCUGGAGGAGACGAAGAACAUGGAGGCGACCGAGCGGGCCAAGCUCGAGGAGGAGAUCCGCGUCAAGCAGCUCGAGAUGCAGAAGAUCCAGGAGGAGGUCACGCUCAAGGAUUCGGAAACGAAGCGCCUGCACGAGGAGGUGGAGGAAGCGAUACGGAAACAGGUAGCUAAGUGCAGUAACGAGGCUGCCGCUGCAUUGCAGGCCGCCACCACCACCCCGAAACACCAUCAUGUGGAGGAGGAGGAAGAGAAUGAGGAGGAGUUGAUCAAUGGCGAGAACGGGACGCAGGACUUCUCCAAAGACUUCGACACGGACGAGCACAUUAAGGAUCCGGUAGAGGAGAGACGUACGCUAGCCGAACGUAACGAGCGUCUGCAAGACCAGCUGAAGGCCCUCAAGCAAGACCUCGCCCUGUCGCGUGACGACACGAUGGAAACGCCGAACGACAAGAUCCAUCGAGAGAAUGUGCGCCAGGGACGGGACAAGUACAAGACGUUGCGCGAAAUCCGCAAGGGCAACACCAAGCGUCGCGUGGACCAGUUUGAGAAUAUGUAAAAAAAAACACACACAAACACACACACACGUAACUUCCAAGGAUUCUCGCAACGUCCGCACCCCCCCAAACACACACACAAGCGAAUCAACAACAACAACAAAAAGCUCCAUUAAAACAGGAGAGAGGGACACAAUCGACGAAUGAAGACAAAGGCACUUUAUGGUACACCCCCUCCUCCCCCCAAACCCCACUAGAGACCCCUUUCCGUUGCGCACACCUAUUUUCCCUUUCCCCUUUUUGCUCCCUUCCUUCCCGGGGGGGGGGGGGGGGGGGGGUGUCCUUCCUUGUGACGUAGUGGUACCGUGCACCGGAAACAACACCACAGAAACCAAUAACGCUAAACCCUAGUACACACACACACAAUAGUACCAGCGAGAGAGAGAGAGAAAAAAACAGGAAAUGCAAAACACAACAAUUAUACCUUUAUAGUAAGGAGGAUAAAAUCAUACGGAGCAAGGGUAGGCAAUCGUUAGGUUUACUAUAAUACUACUAUAUAUAUAUAUACAAUAGGAACGGUCGGCUUAAUAGUGAGCAAACACCGGCAGGAGCAGCCAGCAGCAGCCAGCAGCAGCCAGCAGUGGUAGAGGAAAGAGCAGUGUUAUACCUUUGCUUUUCUAGCCUCCACCCCACCCACCCCAUUUAAGAAUAUUGAUCCCGUCCGAUAUUCUUCCCCCAUUCACAGUCCUGUAUGUUUGUGUGUGUGUGUGUAAGUAUACGAAGGGUUUUUUUUUUGAGUGUGUGUAAUUGUGACACUCUGUUUCUUAUAAUCACACACACACACACUGUUUCGAUUGUUUAUAUAUAUGAAUAUAAUCAUAUAAGAAGAGAGGAAAUUGUUUUGAAUGGCCAGACCUCAAGAGAGAGAGAGAGAGAGGUCUUAUUACAAAAAAACAUGUUCAGUAUGGUGUGCAGGGCUCCGUUUGCCUGUGGUUCCGGUUCCGGGAACUCCUGGACACGCGCCUGCUUUGGUGCCCCCACAACAAGGCGGGGGGUGGGCAAUCUUAUGAUGGUGGGUGGUGAUGGGUGUUUUGUGGGGAACAUAGUAGGAAGAUAACAAAUGGAAGAGAGAGAGAGAGAGAGAGAGUAGUUGUAGCAUUAAGAGGGAAGCAGAGAGACAGAUUCAUUUUUUUUCUGAUCCUAUUUUCUAUUCUUCAUCACCAUUAUGCAAACCGGUUCGCAAAUCUCCACCGUAACGCUGGUUCAGAGGCCAACGCCCAGGCGGGAAUGUGGGUGGUCGGUGGGGGGGGAAACACAGGAUAUACAAUUAGGUUACUUUUUCCCCAUAGGCAUUGUUAGAAUACAGAACAAGCAGGCAAUAGAAGAGAGAGCGAGAGAGCAUACACGCGCGCAUACACUUAUAUUUGUGAGGUCCUUUUAUGAAAUUUUGGUCGUUUUUUUUUGAAGCAGAAGGAAAAUGCGAGCGCACGCUGUUUCUGAGGGGGGGGGGGGGGGGGGGAUUUGUGUUAUUCGAAUUAGGAAAUCAAGGAUUAUCUAUAUUAUACUUUUGCUUUCUUUACCCAUUUUCCUCUCCGUGUCCGUGUUAUUAUAAGUAUUUUCAUGGUUUUUUUUAAAAUAUUACUCAAGGAGAAGUAAAAGAGUUGUCAGUAGAGAGGCAGGAGGAGGGCGCUAUAGAAGCAUAAAACGCACGAGAAAAUGGGUGGGGGGGGGGGGGAACUCUUAGGAAGAAGAGGGACAUAAAGCUCGACAGGAAGACGGACGUCGGCAUUAAUGGUCCUUGGUUUAGUUUUUGUUCGCUGGACAUGUGCGUGUAGGUGCGUGCCCGCCCGCCCUCUCGCUAGCCUUUUCACCCCUUCCUUCCUCUCCAUCCUUCAUACCUCCCCAUAUCCACCCCCCCUGCAACUGCAACUGCAACCUUGGUGUAAAAGUCUCUCAUGGAAUAAAUCGAAUUAAAUCGACGAAUAUAAGCUACAAACAACAGCCAGCAAUUCAAACUUACGCCCGUCGUCCCGCUGUGUUCACAGCAACACAAACAUACAAACACCACCAACACACAGCUGACCGAUGGGAGGUUGGUCUGUCACUCAGUAAUGCAAUAGAAGAGAGCCUAGAGCGCCGAAAGGGGGAAGCCACCACCACCACAACGACACAACCGGGCGCGAAACGGGACGAAUGUUGUGUGCAAUUUGUGUGCACGGUUCAAUUUGCUACAACAACGCGCCCGCGUCUCUUCUCCAAAUUGCCGGAAAAAAGUAGUGCUGCUGUACGCGCACUUCGGAAAGGAAAAACAAAAAACGGUUGUUAUAUACAUAGAAAUAUAUUAUUGUAUUAAACAAACAAACAAAAAAAAAAA